AUGGUGGACUACAGCAAAUGGGACAAGCUGGAAGUGGACAGCAGUGAUGAAGAGACGCCAGGUGCAACGUGUGCUCCGCGCAAGCAUGCGCUGCCCGGCAAGAGCAGCAGCAGCAGCAGCAGCAGCAGCAGCAGGGGGAUCGAUUACAGCAAGUGGGACCACAUCGGCGACGACGAGGAGGAGGAAACUCCGGCCCCCCGAGUGAGGCGGCUCACAAAGGAUGAAGCUGUGACAAUUGGCCCUGAGGGUUUGAACAUCCAUCCGAAGAAUGAAGAAGCAGCGCAGCAGCAGCAGCAGCUGCAGCAGUGGAUGGAGGAGGAGCAGCAGCAAGAGAUGGGCGAGAUGGGCAUGUCCUUCGAAGACGCCCACGAGUGGCCUCGGUGCGGCCCCGUGCAGGCUGCAGAGUUGCCCGCAGCAGCAGCAGCAGCAGCGGACGCAGCAGCAGCAGCAGCAGGCCUCCCCGCCGUCGUGUCCACGGGACUCGGAAAGUCCGAAAUGCAAAAACUUGUCCGAAAUGGAGGAGUUAGCGAAAAUAAGUACUUCUGGAGACAAACAGCAAAUGAAGUUGUGUUGUCUUUGGCGCUGCCGCUCGGCGUCCGGGGCCGGGACCUGCGCGUACACCUCACGGAACACACUCUCAAGAUCUGCUGCGCGAGCACCCCCUUGCUGCCUCCCGCCAGCAGCAGCAGCGACGCAAGCAGCAGCCGUAGCAGCAGCAGCAGCAAGGAACACGUGCUGCUGGAGGGAAGCUUCCCCCACCCCGUAGAGCCCGACGAGGACUCGUGGCUGUGGGAGGUGACGGAGAGGCGCAUAAACUGGAAGCACCUUAAGGAAAUAGCGACGCAGCAGCAGCGGUCGAAAGAAAGCAGCAGCAGCAGCAGCAACAACAACAGCAGCAGCAGCAGCAGCAGCAACAGCGAGAGCAUUACAGAGCUGCCACAGGAGACGCUGCCGCCAGCGCUCUUUUUCGUUGAUCUGCAUCUCAGGAAAAAGAAGAUCCUUCCUUCUGCUGAUCUCUGGUGGUCUUGCAUACUAAAGGGAGAAGUUGGCAUCGACGUGUCGCAGUUGGCUGACCGCCGACACAGCGAGAAGACUCAAAGCUUCAAAGAGGCGUGGGAUGCAGCACAUGCAGCUUUUAAGGAGAGGAUCAAGCAGCAAGGCAGCAACCCGGUGACUCUUUUGACUGCUGAUGGAAACGCUGCUGCUGCUACUGCUGCUGCUGGGCAUAAAGACAGCAACAGCACUGACGUGCAAACCCAGAAAUGA